CCAGGCAGCAAGGCAAGGUCAGGGCCCAGAGGCACAGGAGUCUGCAGGCAGGGGCAAGCUGACCAGGCUGUUCCUGAAGGGCGCUUUGGGGCACGGGUAUGGCCACGGCCCCAGAGGUCCUGGAGGGAAACAGUGUCCCUGGCCUGGCGCCUUCAAACAGGGAGGCCCAUUGUUUGAAGCUGGAGCUGGUGGGGCCACGGGAAGCCCCAGCAGUGCCCUUCGUCCCACUUAAGCACAGACCCAGAGCCCCGCGCGGCCAGCAGAGCACACGCAGCAGCAUCCAGCAGGAUGGACGUGCUCGGGGCUGCCCUCCUGGUCCUGCUGCUGUGUGGUCAGCCAGGGAGUGGACAGGCACAGGAGGAAGACGAUGACAAUGUGGACUUGGGACCGGACAGCUAUGGCUAUGAUGAUGAUGACGAGGAGGAUGAGGAGGAGACCAAUUUGGCCCCCGGCACAGCGCCCCUGCAGUGCUACGCCUGCCAGUCGCUGCGCAGGGGGGAGAGCUGCACCCAGAUGCAGAGCUGCCCCGGGAGCCACGCCUCCUGCACCAUGCUGAUCGCCCACGGGAACACGGGCUCAGGUCUUCUGACCACCUACUCCAUGUGGUGUGUGGACACCUGCCAGCCUAUCACCAAGACAGUAGAGGGGACCCAGAUGACCAAGACCUGCUGCCAGUCCACCUUGUGCAAUGUCCCACCCUGGCAGAGCCCCCAAAUCCAGGACCCUGUGGGUGGUACGGCAGGCAGCCACCAGGAUGGUGGAGUUGGCCGUCCCCAGGGGGGUGGGGCAGGUAGCCCCCAGGACAGUGAAAAUGGCCAUCCCCAGGGUGGUGGGGUUGGGCAUCCCCAGGGUGGAAAGGGCAGUGCCCCCCCAGGAUGCCCCCAAAAUGUGGGUACAGCUCUCCUGCUCAGCCUCCUCACCAGCCUUUGGGCAAUGAGGGCCUGAAGACCCACCCUCCCCCACUGCUCUCGCCCUGGCCUGGCCCUCUGUCCAGCGCCUCCCCUCCCCCUCGCCAGCCUGAGAAUAAACCUGGAGUGUCUUUCAUGACCCAGCCAGCUGGGGCUCUCCUGGCCAGUGUUUCUGCAGUUCCUCCAUCAGGCAUGCUUAACUCCCCACCUGUGAGCCGUAGGACGGCCACAUAAGAACCCGUGCCCCCAGGAUCUGUGGAUUCACCAGCCCAGCUGUGGGCAAAGAUAAUGCAGUGCAUCUGGGGGCCCCCAUUCUUACCCUUAGCUCCCCAGCAGUUCAUUACUCCCUCCCAGCUGUUGCUUAGGCUAGGCCCUGCCCUCUCCCAGCCCUGACUGGGCGGAACAGGCUUUGGAGGGAGGCCCAGGGAGGCUGUAGAGGCUGGGGUGGAGCAAAGGGGGGAGGACAGAAAGGGUCUGUGGGCUCCUGAGGCAGGAGGACUGGGCAGCAGAGUCGGUCCUGCCUGAGCGAGAGGUGCCCAGUCCAGGGCUCCUCCGGCCUUCCCUGCUGGGCUGCUGCCUCUGGCUGCUGGACGCUGGGUUUCCUGGAUGGCACCAAGCUCUGCUCUGCCAGUAGUUAAGGCUGGACAGAGCACCGGGGUGGGGGGAAGGCUGGGCCUGGGCCACAGCUCAGUCACUGACUUGGGCCUCAGUUUCCCAUCUGAGCAUUAUGGCACAAGGCUCAAAGGACCCCUGGACUCCUACCAGCUCCGUGCUGCAGAAUCCCUUUCUGCUGCCAAGUUUCUCCCAGCAUGCAGGGAGUGGCCUCCACAGCCACUCUUUCCUUUUCCUUUUAAUAAAACCCCAACACCUAACUGGGGUGGGAGCAAAGUCUUUGGGUGGAGGGUGGCACUUUCUCCCCUUCCUCCGUCCUGCUGCCUGACACGAUGAACACAGCAGACACUCAGCACCGUGAGGCGGCACACUGGACGGAGACACAGAGGAGAGGGCCUGAACACUUCAGACCAGAAGGCAUGUCACAGUUCUGCACUCUGCCUCCGAUCCCCCCAGGGAGCUGAAAGUUGAAGCCAAUUA